UAAAGACCAAAUGUUUACGGCUACAUUCGGAGAUCCACCAUGGCUUCAGAAUCAGUGACCCUUUUCCUUCUAUGCACAGUCGUCAUGAUGAUCGUAAGGAUUCUAAUAGGCUUUUCAAAAAGAAAGAUUUAUAAAUUUCCACCAGGACCGACCCCAUUGCCCAUUAUUGGUAACAUGCAUUUACUGGAUAUAGUGAGACAAGACUUAUCUUUUAUGGAGAUAGCAAAAAAAUAUGGUCCAAUCUUCACCUUCCAUUUUGGCUCUUCGAAAGCAGUGGUUCUGGUUGGGUAUGAAGCCAAUAAAGAUGCUCUGGUCGGGGCCAGCCAUGAUUUUGGCAAUCGUGCUGUGAUCCCCAUUUCUGACGACUUUCAGAACAAUCAUGGAGUUAUCUUCAGUAAUGAUGAGAUAUGGAAGGUAACCCGAAGAUUUACACUUUCCAUAUUAAGAGAUCUUGGGAUGGGGAAGAAACCCAUUGAAGGCAGAAUUAUUGAGGAGCUACAGUUUCUGAAUGCGGAAAUUCAGUCUUAUAAUGGUAAACCCUUUCACAAGAAAGUGUUAUAUCUGGCUGCCCCUAACAUAACUUUUAGGAUGCUAUUUGGGAGACGGUUUGACUAUCACAACCCAACGUUUCAGAGGAUCAUAUCCCUCAUGGAUGAUAUUGUUGUCAACACUGGUACACCGGGUGCAAAGUACUACAAUAUCUUCCCAAAGCUGAAAUAUUUCUUUAAAGAACCCGCUCUUGUGAUGGACAGGAUUAAUAAACUAAAUGAAAUGUUGAAGGUUCUUUUCAAGGAAGCAAAAGAAGCUAAAUAUGAAGAAUCUUUCAGGACAUACAUAGAAGCUUUCCUGCAGAAAGAUGAAAGGGAAAAAGAAACAGAUGGGAAAGGGAAAAUCUUUACAGAAAAGAACUUGUUGGCUUCUGCAUUUGAUAUCAUGCUUGGUGGGACAGAGACCACGUCCACUACAAUACAGUGGUGCAUUCUGCUCAUGAUGAAAAAUCCUCAUAUACAGAAAAAAGCCCAAGAUGAAAUAGAAAAUGUGAUAGGUCUUGAGCGUCCUCCUAGAUGGGAUGACCAGAAAGUCCUUCCGUACUGCUUGGCUUUAGCCCAUGAAGUUCAGCGCGUUGCCAACAUCUUACAGUAUUUUCCACAUACCACAGCCACAGACGUCCAUUUCAAAGACUAUUUUAUACCAAAGGGAACUACAGUGAUCCCUCUUUUCACAUCAAUUCUCUGUGACGAAACCCAGUGGGAGACCCCCAACCAAUUUAACCCCAAUCAUUUCUUGGAUGCUGAUGGAAAGUUCUUGAAGAAAGAUGCAUUUUUUCCAUUCUCCAAAGGGCGCAGAGUCUGCGCUGGAGAGAGCCUUGCCAGAAUGGAGCUAUUUCUUUUCAUCACUGGAUUGCUGCAGAAGUUCACAUUCACACCCCCUCCGGGAGUGAGUAAAGAGGACUUGGACCUCACUCCAGAAGUAGUCUUCACCAUGAGAACCAAGGACUACCACGUCUGUGCAACUCCCAGGAACUAGGCAGAUUAAACACUGUCAACAUAUUCCAUUUGGAUUUGUGCCUUGAAGAUCAGGGGUGAGCGGAGCGAACCGAGCUUAGGAUCCAAGAUGCGAAUUCGAUUAGUUCCUAAACUUCAUCUUAAUGUUGUACGGAGACCUGUCUCCAUAAAGCAUUAAAAUGUAAGUACCUAUAGAAAAUUGCCAGACCCCAUAUACUUAAUUAGACACUUUAUUGAACAAUUAAUAAUCAUAAAGACCGCUCCGCUCCAGAUAGAUACAGAUCCGACCAAAUUGUGGCAGAUGGACAACUUUCUUGAUAUAGUCAAUCACUGUUAUGUCAAGCAUGGACUCCGCAAUGACUCGUCAACACCUCCUAUAUUAGAAAGGACAGAAUGGCCAAAUAUAGUGAAGUACUGCUAGUACUUGAUACCAAACCAGCAUUUAAUGUACUUACAAGAUUGCAUAAAACAUGAGCAUAAAAAAAUUAAAACCAGGUCUCCCGUCACCAGCCCGACCCGGAUUUCGUCUUCACUUCGUCAGGGGCAUAUGCAUAUGUCUUUAUGAUUAUUAAUUUGACCUUGGUGCGAAUUGGACUCACUACGCCGGAGACCGGCUGCGCUCAUAGUAGGAAUAGCAAUUGGAGACUAAACUUUUUAUUUCUACUUUAUUGAACAACAUCUUUUAAAUAGUUAAUACAAUGCAGGGAAAAUGGCGACAUCACUGGAAAGGAGACACGAUGGGAGUAAUUCAUGGCAGCUAAAGACAACAUCCAUAAUAAAUCUAAAUGCCAAAGUCAGUUACCCAUGCCCUGUCUCCUCCAGGAUGGCUCCAGCCACGAUGCGCGUUUCGGUGAUCACUAGAGCCUCAUAUGGUCAUGAUAUGUUUUACGUGAUGACGUUGGAGAUUUAUCUACCUCCAUUGAAUCCAAGUAUUUGGUGUUUGACCCUAUUUGUCGAUUGGCCUCUUUUUGUAGCGUUAAAAUCUAUGUGCUGUGGCGAGGCAAAAUUCGUUAAGUCCGAAGACUUUGGUGAAUAACUUAAGGCUUCGAUUCUACAACUUUAAAAACAUUUUAAAACAGAAAUCUGAAGUAGGCUUCGGUACCGAGGUACAAGCUUCCGAUUUAACAAAUUUUGCCCCUGCCGCAGCAGAUACAUUUUAAUGCUGUAGGGAGACAAGUCUCCGUACAGCAUUAAAACAAAGUUUAGGAACAAAUCGACUUUAGGAACAAAUCGACUUCGCAUCUUGGAUCUAAAGCUCGAUUUGCUCCCCUUCCAAUUCAGUAGUAGGUGUGAAGACCACAUAGACCUCAGUGCUCCACCACCGGGCACUUACUCAACUAACACUUACAAUAAUUGCUUUUAAAAAGAAGCUCCUUCUUUGUAUACAAAAAGUAAGAGCACCUCUAUGUCUUAGGCUACUUUCACACUAGCGGCAAUGACCUCCGGCAGGCUGUUCCGUCAGGUGAACAGCCUGU